AUGGUGACUAAAGACUCCUUCACAGCUUUAUUAGUAUAUGUUGAUGACAUUGUGGUUGCUUCCGACUCUCUUCCUUGCAUUGAGUCUCUCAAGAAUUUCCUGAACACUUGCUUCAAAGUUAAGGAUUUAGGUCCUCUUCGAUACUUUCUUGGACUUGAGGUAGCAAGAUCCACCAAAGGCAUUCACUUAUGUCAGCGGAAAUACACACCUAACAUACUUUCAGACUCUGGCACUCUCGGCUCCAAACCUGCUAAACUACCUAUGGAUCAAAAUCUCAAGCUAAGUGAAGACUCUGGUACUCCUCUUUCAGAUCCUAGUCCUUUCAGGCGCCUCAUUGGUCGGCUUAUAUACUUGACAAUCACCAGGCCUGAUAUCAGUUAUUCAGUCCAACUUCUCAGUCAGGGUCUUCUCCUCUCGGCUCACUCUCCAAUUCAAUUACAUGGUUACCGCGAUUCAGACUGGGCUUCAUGCCCUGAUACCCGAAAGUCCACAACUGGUUUCUGCAUAUUCAUUGGACAGUCACUCAUCUCCUGGAAAUCCAAAAAGCAAUCUGUGGUAUCCCGUUCUUCUGCCGAGGCUGAGUACCGUGCUAUGGCAGCAACUUAUUGUGAGUUUACAUGGAUUCGCCAACUCUUUGAUGACUUGCACAUUCCACAUCCUACCCCGGCCAUCCUUCAUUGUGAUAAUCAAGCAGCCUUACACAUUGCUGCGAAUCCAGUUUUCCACGAGCGUACCAAACACAUAGAAGUGGAUUGUCACAUCAUUCGCAACAAAAUUCAAGAGGGCAGCAUUGCCACUGCCCAUGUUCCUAGCCACUCCCAGUUAGCUGACAUUUUCACCAAAGCACUCUCCUCUAAUGUGCUUAAUACUCUUCUUUUCAAGAUGGGAAUAGUUAACCUCUAUUCUCCAUCUUCCAAGGGGGUAUUGGAUGAUAAUACUUUUUAG